AUGGCGCCCCUGGUCGCAAAUUCGCAAAUUCAGCACGCGCAGCUGCUGAAUCCGCUUUCCUUUCACUUCCGCGCAUACAUCUGGCCCUUUGCCAUUGUAUGGCCCAUUUUCCUCCGAUAUUUUCUCACCCCCGAACUCUACGAGAGACACAUCGGCGCCCCCGAAUGGACGUUUGUCUGGGUCGGCUCCAUCAUCACGGUCCAGUCUCUGGUCUGGUUGAGCACUCACUGGAGCGUCAACCUCGAUGCCAUCUUCACUGCUCAGUCUGCCAAGUCUGUUGAAGAUGCCCAGCUCAUCAAGGUUAUUCCCAUCGCCAACGCCGGCUCAGCCGGCAUCUGCAAGUUGGUUCGCGACAAGACUGGUGGGAAGACCAACCUCUCAUUUCUCUUCCAGAAACGCCGCUUCUUGUACAAUCCCGAUACCAAGUCCUUCGAUACCCUCAAGUAUGCAAUCGACUCCGAGCCUCAGCCCCUCAUUCGCGACUUUCAGUCGUCGCGCGGUAUCGACAAGAAAGCCGAGUUGUCGCGAAUGGAGCAUCACUAUGGCAUGAACACUUUUGAUAUCCCCGUCCCGACAUUCACUGAGCUGUUCAAAGAACACGCUGUCGCGCCCUUCUUCGUCUUCCAGAUAUUCUGCGUCGGUCUUUGGAUGCUCGACGACUACUGGUACUACUCACUCUUCACCCUCUUCAUGCUUGUCGCCUUCGAAAGUACUGUUGUUUGGCAGCGUCAGCGCACCUUGACCGAGUUCCGAGGCAUGAGCAUCAAGCCCUACGACAUGUGGGUGUACCGUCUUGGUACUUGGACAGAAGUUCUUAGCGAUGCCCUUCUUCCCGGCGACCUCGUCUCAGUCACCCGUACCAAGGACGACAGUGGUGUUGCCUGUGACAUGAUUCUCGUUGAAGGUACCGCUAUUGUCAACGAAGCUAUGCUUUCCGGCGAGAGUACCCCUCUCCUCAAAGACUCGAUCCAGCUCCGUCCUGCCGAUGCGACACUCGACGCCGACGGUCUUGACAAGAAUGCCUUUCUCUGGGGUGGCACGAAGGUCCUCCAAAUUACCCAUGGAACGGCCGAUGAAGAGAAACCCGUACUCUCUUCCGGAGUCCCUACGCCCCCUGACAAUGGUGCCAUGGCUAUUGUGACCAAGACUGGUUUCGAGACUUCCCAGGGUAGCCUUGUCCGCACUAUGAUCUACUCUACUGAGCAUGUCUCCGCUAAUAACGUCGAGGCUCUGCUCUUCAUUCUGUUCCUUCUGAUUUUCGCCAUUGCCGCCUCCUGGUAUGUCUGGGAUGAAGGUGUGCGCAAGGACCGCAAGCGUUCCAAGCUGCUUCUGGACUGUGUCUUGAUUGUGACUAGUGUCGUCCCCCCCGAGCUGCCUAUGGAGCUUAGUCUCGCUGUCAACACCAGUUUGGCCGCUCUGGCGAAAUUGGCUAUUUUCUGCACCGAGCCCUUCCGUAUUCCUUACGCAGGCCGCGUCGAUGUGGCUUGUUUCGACAAGACUGGAACUCUGACUGGCGAGGACCUCGUUGUUGAGGGCAUUGCUGGACUUGGCUUGAACCACUCCGACGUCGAGGACAAGAAGGAAUCUGACGGCGCUCACUCUACCAUUAUUUCGGUCAAGGGAGCGAGCAUGGAAACACAGCUGGUCCUGGCCACUGCUCAUGCCCUGGUUAAGCUCGAUGAAGGAGACAUUGUCGGAGAUCCCAUGGAAAAGGCCACUCUUACUUCUCUUGGCUGGACUCUCGGACGCAAGGAUAUUCUCUCAAGCACUGCCAAGGCCGAGGGCACUGUCGGCAGUGUUCAGAUCAAGCGUCGUUUCCAAUUCUCCUCUGCUCUGAAGCGCCAGAGCUCCAUUGCCAUGGUCAACGGUACCAACACGAAGACUGGUGAAAAGCUCAAAGGUACCUUCGCCGGUGUGAAGGGAGCUCCCGAGACUAUCAUGAAGAUGCUGGUCGAGGUCCCUGCUGAUUACGAGGAGACCUACAAGUAUUUCACCCGCAAGGGUUCUCGUGUUCUGGCCCUGGCUUACAAGCAGCUGACUGUCGACUCCGAACUCGGUGCUGCCAAAAUCAACGACCUGAAGCGAGAGAAGGUCGAGGCUGACUUGACGUUUGCUGGUUUUCUUAUCCUCCACUGCCCUCUGAAGGAGGACGCCAAGGAGGCAGUGCAGAUGCUGAAUGAGAGCAGUCACCGUGUCAUCAUGAUUACCGGUGACAAUCCCCUCACCGCUGUGCACGUCGCUCGUGAAGUGGAAAUUGUUGAUCGCGAUGUUCUCAUCUUGGACGCUCCCGAGGACGACAAGGGAGCCGAACACCUCGUCUGGCGCAGCGUUGAUGAUCGUAUCACCAUCUCUGUCGACCCAACUAAGCCUAUUGACCCCAAGAUUAUCAAGGACAACGAUCUUUGCGUCACUGGAUAUGCCCUGGCUAAACUCCAAGGUCAGCCUGGAUGGAACACUCUCAUCCGUCAUGCUUGGGUUUAUGCCCGUGUCUCACCCAAGCAGAAGGAAGACAUUCUGCUCAGCCUCAAGGAUAUGGGAUACUACACCCUAAUGGCCGGUGACGGUACCAACGAUGUUGGCGCCCUCAAGCAGGCUCACAUUGGUGUCGCUCUUCUCAACGGUACAAAGGACGACCUGACCCGCAUCGCGGACCAUGCUCGCAACACCAGACUAAAGGACAUGUACCAAAAGCAGUGCGAUUUGAUGAAGCGUUUCAACCAACCUCAGCCACCUGCCCCUAUCCUCAUUGCCCAUCUGUUUCCUCCCGGGCCUGCCAACCCUCACUACCAGAAGGCGGUUGAGCGCGAGGCCGAAAAGAAGGGCGUCUCUGUUCAGGAGUACGUCAAGGCUCUCGGUCACCCUCUUGAGACCAUCACCACGCCGGCCGCUCAGCAGCUGAUCAAUGCGACCGACCCUCGUGCUGCUCGCCAAGCCGCUGCCCAGGCCAAGGCCGCGAGCUUCGCCGACAAGCUGUCUUCUGGCAUGAUGGAAGCCGAACUCGGCGAGGACGAGCCCCCCACACUGAAGCUCGGAGACGCGUCCGUUGCUGCCCCCUUUACGUCCAAGCUGCGCGAUGUCAUUGCCAUUCCCAACAUUAUCCGUCAGGGUCGCUGCACUCUAGUCGCCACGAUCCAGAUGUACAAGAUUCUUGCGCUCAACUGUCUCAUCUCCGCCUACUCCCUGUCUGUUCUGUACCUCGAGGGCAUCAAGUUUGGCGACACGCAGUACACUAUUAGCGGUAUGCUCAUGUCCGUCUGCUUCCUCAGCAUCUCACGCGCCAAGGUGGUCGAGGGUCUCAGCAAGGAGCGUCCCCAGCCCAACAUUUUCAACAUUUACAUCAUCGGAUCCAUCCUCGGCCAGUUCGCCGUGCACAUUGUGACGCUCAUCUACGUCGCCCGCCUAUCUGAGCGGCUCGAGCCGCGCCCCACGGACGUCGACCUCGAGGCCGAGUUUGAGCCCUCGCUGCUCAACUCGGCCAUUUACCUGCUGCAGCUCGUGCAGCAGGUCUCGACCUUUGCCAUCAACUACCAGGGCCGUCCCUUUCGCGAGGCGCUCAGCGAGAACAAGGCCAUGUUCUACGGCAUCGUCGGCGUGUCCGGUCUCGCUUUUGUCUGCGCCAUGGAGCUCAUCCCCGAGAUCAACGAGGCCAUCAAGCUCGUGCCCUUUACCGACGAGUUCAAGCUCAAUAUGACCGUCGUCAUGGGCCUCGACUUUGUCGUCUGCUGGGUCAUCGAGGUUGUCCUCAAGUCCCUCUUCAGCGACUACCGCCCGCGCGACAUUGCCGAGCGCCGCCCCGAGCAGCUCGCGCGCGAGGCCGCCCGCAAAAAGAUCGUUGCCGACCAAAAGGCCGCCGAGGAGGAGGAGAAGCGCCUCGAAAAGGUGGCCGAGUUUGAGCGCAAGGUGGAAGAGCGCAAGAGGCAGCUGCAGGAGUGGCGGGCCGGUCGCCAGCGUCAGUGA